AUGGCCGGCCCUAGCAAGUCCCUGAUCCUUGAUCCGGCCUUCCAGAAAUACUACGGUACAUCUCUCCGUCCUACUCCUACCCUCCAGCCCAUCAACAAGAUAGCGCGAAUGCGCCAACUCAACGCAAACCGCUACAAGUACUUCCGCUGGACCCCGCGCCAUGCCUGGUUGUCGUUUAUCUACAUGAUUGCGAUCCCCGGUACAUUGGGCUACAUUGCCUACAAGACAGAUGGCAAAUACGAAUUCCGCGGGAAGAGGAGAGGCGAUACCAUUCUCGAAUACUAG